ACGUCAGUUGCUUUUGCACACGGGACGCCGUCGCCCCUCGCGCCUCGCGCGCGCCGACCGUCCGGCAGCGAAGCCGCCCCGUUCAGCUCGGCGAGGGAUUGAAUCCAGUCCGCAAGCGGCCGCGCUCUCUCCUCCGACGAGAAGCGAUUCUUCCACCCCCCACCCUCCGCGCGAGGAGCGACGACUGUAGCGCGCGCCCGCGCACCGCCGAGCGGCUGGCCCGCACGCACUCAAAAAAGAGAGGAGCGACUCGGAAAACUUUCUCGCGGUGACCGGAGUAAAUCGAUUUGGAUGCCGCUCGAGUUACCGCGCGCACAACCCUUCGCUGCCGAUCUCCAGUUGUCGCGGGAUUAACUUCUGCGCUCUCUCUCUCCUCCGUGUUCAGGCAGGGGGUCCGACGAUCGAACGAGAGAGCAAGUGCGCGCCGCGUGUGGAGAAAGGAAGGAAAAACAGUAAAACGUGCAUCGGGGCUUUUCGGCGGCGUGCGACGACUUCACCGACUCGACCAGGUGGACAGCGACGAAGCGGUGAGGCAUCAAGCGGCCCUUCGACGAGGUUACUACUACUAAUACUACCACUACUACUGCUACUGAAGAUAUAGAGGAAAGGUCAUCAUGGUUGACACGGUGAUAACGGUGAAGCUCCAGCGUGGAGAAGGCACCUCCUGGGGCUUCCGGCUCGCCGGCGGCAAAGACUUUGGAUACCCGCUCUCCGUUCAACGGGUGAACCCCGGCAGCCUGGCGGAGAAGGGUGGCCUGCAGACUGGCGAUGCCCUGCUCAGCAUUCAGGGCAAGUCGACCGACCAGAUGCGCCACAAGGAAGCCCAGGACGCCAUCAUGCGCGCCGGGAACUACCUGGAACUGCAGGUUCAGAGGGGCGCCAGCAUGACAUGGAAACCCAAGGUGACACCCGUCGGGUCGAUGCCGAAGCCCAGUCCCAUGAGCAACGGUGGACCAGCCCCGGUUACGAAGACGUCUUUGGCUGCCAACAAACAGCCAUACAAGCCGGUGGGUACUGGGCACAACACGGCAGCCAAGCCUUUCGGCGGCACGAUGCAGGCAGUGGUGCACAAUCAGUACAACUCUCCGAUGCCCGUGUACUCCGCGAACAACAUUGCUGACACGCUGUCCGCACAGACAGAGGUGCUCACGUCGGGCGCUGUUGGCAUAAACUUCAUGAAGGGAGACAAACCGCUGAACAAGGAGUCGGCCGUGUACCGCAUGGUUCUGGAGGAAGACAAGCAUCCAAAAGGUGAUGAGAGCGACCUGAUCAGUGUCUCCGAAACGCGGACGCAAUCGCUCGCCUUCCGCAAGCUGCUGGCUGCGCUCGGCGAUGACGAUGACUGCCUGCGCUCCUCCUCGCAUGACGUCACAGACUUCUCGAGUGGCGGUAGCAGCAGCCCCGCGCCGUGUGGGCCCUCGCCUGUGGCUGCCAGCAGCCCGACGCCGGCACCCAUGGUCAACCUUCGCCACGUGGAGGCCCCCAAGACGGCUCCCGCACCACCGGCUGGCCAGCCCAACACCUCCGUGGGCGCCCCCAACACGUGCGCCGACUGCGGAAGGCUCAUCGUAGGUGUGUUCGUUCGCAUCAAGGAUCGCGCCCUGCACGCCGAAUGUUUCCGUUGCGCCACCUGUGGAACGUCGCUUAAGAAUAUAGGGUACUUCAACAUCAAGGAUAAGCUGUACUGCGACAUCCACGCGAAGCAGGCCGCCCGCCACAUCGCGCCUGGUAGCAACCUGGAGCCAGUGCCCGUUCCUCCGGGCGGCCACAUCCCGCAGGGAGUGCCACUGGCUCCCGCACCGGCUCCAGCCCCGGUGCCCGUAGCCCCGAGGGCUCCCGCCGGAGGAGCAGUCUCCUCCCCGAUGUACACGCCGCCGGCGCCCAAGUUCACCCCGGCAGCUCCGUACACGCCGACCCAGGCGGCGCCCGCCGCGCACUCGCCGGUAGCGGCCGCUCCGCUGGCUGACCAGCCGCCGCCGCCACCCGACAGCCCCGGCAUCUGCUAUGACUCCCCCGUUGCCAUGGGCCGGUCCGAUUUCCGCCCGGCGUCAACGCAUUCGCCCAUGGCGGGUUCUAAGCCGCAGACUCCGCAGUCAGCGAAGACGACUCCGCCGUUCGGUGGCAUGACACCGCUGCAUCCCGUGACAGCGCCUGUGGCCGACGCUCACCGUCCGAUACCAGGAGGCGCCAAGUUCACCUGGCCGCCCGCACAUGCCGGCGGUCCCACUCACGUCGGCAGCGUUCUGGAGUCGAACGCCACGCCGAACGUGCCUACGUACCGACCUCCUCCGGGCACUCAGCGGGUGACGACGGCCCCGUCGACCCCUAAGUGGGGCGGUGGCCAGCCGAUCGGGGCCCCGCUGGGAGGGCCCUUCCGGCCCUCAUCCCCAUCCGCGUCCCCAUACUCGCCCGUGUCGAGCCCAGCUUCGUCGCGACCACCUUCGUUUGUGUCGUCGUCGCCGAGCCCACUGUCGGGCUACGGCGGCGGCCAGCAGCAACCGAUCGGCGGCGUCAAGGUGCCGCCGCCCACGGCACCGAAGCCGAUGUCACGCGCUCCGCCUGCCAAAAUAGGCAACGGUGGGCCCUGGGCGCCCGUUGGGCAGCCCGCGCCUGCACUUGCUACCGGUGCCUCAUCGGCUCCUUUUACGGGCCCCUCAGGUCUCUCCCAAGGAGCGGGGUCCAGGCCGGCGCCCAAGAGAGGCCGCGGAAAGCUGACGCAGGCCAUCGGCGGCAAGAUACCCAUUUGCUCCAGCUGCGGAUCACCCAUCAGAGGGCCGUUUGUGACAGCGCUAGGACGAAACUGGUGCCCGGAUCACUUCUUGUGCUCCAAUGGUAGCUGCCGCAAGUCGCUCCAGGACAUCGGCUUCGUCGAGGAGCAGGGAAAAUUGUACUGCGAACACUGCUACGAAUGCUACAUGGCACCCAUUUGCAGGAAGUGUGGACAUCGCAUCAAGGGCGAUUGUCUGAAUGCCCUUGAGCAGACUUGGCAUCCGGAUUGCUUCGUGUGCACGUACUGCAAAACAGCUUUUGGAAACAGCUCGUUCUACCUCGAAGAUGGAAUGCCCUACUGCGAAAAAGACUGGAACGAGCUCUUCACCACCAAGUGCGUGGGCUGCGGAUUCCCGAUCGAGGCCGGAGAUCGCUGGGUUGAAGCGCUGAACAACAACUACCACUCCCAGUGCUUCAAAUGCACGAUCUGCCAGAAAAACCUGGAGGGCCAGAGCUUCUUUGCUAAAGGAGGACGACCCUUCUGUAAGGCGCACGCCCGCUAAGCCGGCCUCUUGGGCAAGAAGAUGGACUCAGCGCCUAUGGGGCAUUCGCAGGGGCAUUUGGACUCAUCAAGCACAAGAUAAAGAAAGAGAAACAGAUAGAGAAAGAAAGAUUUCGAUACCCAGCGUUAUAUGGUUGCGUGAAGCCGAUUCGCCAGAUAAUUUCAGCGCAGAACUAGGAGCAAAAGUUUCACAAGAUCGGCUCGGUGGGAAAGCGAAGCAGCUCGAGCGGAUGGAAAGGGGCCGAUUGCAAUCGUCUAGUCGGCUGUCGGUCUUUGCGAUUAUUAGUUUGCUGAGAGCUGCUACGCGCUGGGGUAUGAAGCCUUUUUUUUUCUUCUUUUACUUGAAGCCGCAUCUCUCUGCGCGUUCCAGAGUUGAACAAGGAACUAAAUUGAAACGAGAAACUUGCUUUUUAUAUUUUCCAACCGAAAAGUUAUGCUUGCAGGAGAAUAUCAAACUGCUGCUGAAUUCGACAGUUAUUUUAUGGCAUGGCUAUACAAGCUAUGAUGAAGGAAAGAACAUCAUUUAGGCGCAAUUACGCAAUGUUAUACAAUACAUACAGGUUUCUAUUUUUUUAUUUUUUUUUUGCUAUGGCGAGAGGGUGAUGAAGAGGGCAGUGUUCUUUGCUGAUGUCUCACUCACUUUAAACAGAAUGACCUCUGGGCAACAAGAGAGGAGCAGGUGCAGAAAGCUACGAGGCUCAAAAAACGACCGAUACUACUCGAAAAAGUGAUUUUCUCAUAGGUCCGAAAGCUGGCUUGAACGUCGUCAAACAUUUUUGCUUUGGAUCUCUUACAAAUGCCAUGCUCUCUGCUUGCAUGAAAAAAUGAGAGAGACAGAAGAGCCUUGGGCAUAUUGCAUCACUUUAUGUCAUAACUAUUUCACUGGGGUGAAAGCGAAAAAUAUAAACAAAAGUUAGAAACCACGUUUUUGGCGAAGGAUAAACUUGGUGUCUGAGAAAGCAUCAAUGUUGGUAUAACCAGACAAACAAAGAAACAUGAAUGCGAUGGUACCCCAUAUAUCGCUAUCAUCUUUUGCGCCUGCACAAGGCGACAGCUGCGAGUGGCUUAAACAUUCUUCUAAUCAAUGUCGUGGGAAUAAGGCGGUUCAACUAAAACAAACGUUAACAAUUAGAAGCGAGAAACAAAGCAAGCUGAAACGCGAUCUUCGUCACAUCAGUGGGGCGAAACUGAAUGGGCGCAAACCUGCACGCUAAAAUAAAACGUACUUAACAAUUAGCAUUGCAUUCGUCGCGUUCGCCUAUACACUUGUUCGUGCCUUUACGCUUUGCUAACGUCCGGUGUGCUGCAUUUUCUCGUUUUCGUUUUUGCUGGGUCUCGUACCCAACGGAAGUUCUAGUCGUCUUAUUUGUUACUUUUGUUGUAGGCAUCAUUUAUUGUAUUACAGCAACCAUUGUAUCAAGCCGUUGGGAAGGCGUCGUGAGAAGGCAAAAUACUUAGAUGUGUCUGCUUACUCCGUCAGGCUGUCUUAUAUGUGCCAUACCUCAACAGGCGGCAUGUACCACCCCCCUCCCACCCCUUACCCUCCCCUGUUUUUUCUUCCUCUGCGAGGCUCGUGUUUUGCGUCUCAAUGCUGAUGAAGUGUGUACAACGAAUAAAGCUAAAUGCUUAUAACUGUUACAAA